AAUACAAUUUUUAUAAGGGAUUUUUGCCGAUAAGGAACAAAAAAAGCAUAUCUUUGUCCCCUUACAAUAAAAAAUCCAAACUUUGUCCCUUUAGAACAAAAAAAAAUGAAAAACCUGUUUUGUCCUUUUUAAUUAAAUAGGUUAAUAGUAAGAAGUAAAAAAUAAACGGAUUCAGUGAAAAAUUGCUUCACUUUCUUUGUCUCCGACUCCCGUUUCAUAAGGAACAAAAGGCGAUUCCGCCGUCGACUCUCUCUUUAUUUUAUCCGUUCAAGUUCGUCGGAGACGACGAUAUCGUCGUCACAUCUCUCCUUCGUCCUCCUUCUGUCGUCUUUACUCUUUUUGAAUCAUCGAUUACAGAGAAUUGAAGGAAUGGAUUACCAGUUUCCAAAACGCUUUAUUGAAGAAGGAGCUGAGACCAAGAUUGAUAAGAUUAACAACACCUGUAGGCGCACGAUUCUGGGGACGCUGAAGGUGGUUCUCAGGGAUGAGUAUCAAGAAGUUUUGAAAGACCCUGUCUUCGGUCCGAUUCUGGCAAUCGUAGAGAACAAGCUUAUUUACUCAGGAAAGGUUAUUCACAGUUUCAUAUGCAAGCAGCUCAAGGUUUCCAAGCUUCACGAGUUGUGGUUUCUAUUUGCAAAGAGGCCUCUCAGGUUUUCUAUGCAAGAGUUUUAUGCUGUGACUGGAUUGAAGUUCAAAGAAGAACCCGACGUAGACUUCAAUAACUGGAAGAGUGAUAAGGGGUUCUGGAGCACGGUGCUGAAGGAAAAUAAGAAGAUCAACUUAUUGGUUAUAAGGGAUGAGCUCCUUAAAGUCUGUAAGGAGUGGACGUAUGUGGACAGGGUGCGACUAGUGUAUCUGUGUAUAAUACAUGGAUUCGUCAUUGCGAAGGAUUUGAGAGUGUUUAUCCCUCACGAGUUCAUCCGUUUGGUGAUGGAUUUUGAGAAAAUGAGGAUGUAUCCUUGGGGUCUUCGCGCCUAUGAUGAGCUGCUUGCAUCAAUAUUCAAAGCAAGGGAAGAUGUGCAUCUGAAGAACAGCUAUGUAUUGGAUGGAUUCUCAUAUGCGUUUCAGAUAUGGAUUAUGGAGGCAAUCCCAGACAUCGGUUCUAUGGUGGGUAAAAAGAUCAAAAACAACUUGACGAAAGUGAGAUGUAGGAAUUGGAAAGGAAGUGGAAAAGUAUCAUAUCAAGAUAUCACCAGCCUAGAGUCCAACUUUGAUAAGGGAGAGCUGUUCCCGUUUAUAUCAUCUACUGGGAGCUUGGAUGCAACUGAUAAUGCUGAGUUCUUUAGGGAAGAUGAGAAGAAUGACGAAAGAGUCAAUCGCAUUGUUGCUCUGAUCAGUGCUAAACAAGACUGGAAGCAAUUCACUUGGGAAGUUGAGACUCUGCCUCCAAAUAUGGAGUUAUCUGACGCAGAAGAGGAUGUCGAAGUUGAAAAUGUCACAGAAACACCUGUGGAGGAACCGGCUGUUGUUGAAGAGGAACCAGCUGUUGUUACAAAAAGGGGGAAGCGUAAGCUAAUUGAUCCUGGUGUCGAGUCUCGAAAGAAACAACUUCUUUGUCAAAGAGCGGCUGAACAUAACAGUGUUGUCUCCGGUGAUAUGAAGACCUUCAUUGAAGGUUUGUUCAACUCUUCUUUCAAUUCUUUUAAGGAGCUGCUGCAGAAGGACAUACAAGAGCGUUUUGACAAGGUCGACAAUGAGAUGGCUCAACUGAAGGCAACAGUGUCGCAGAUUACGGGUCCUUCAGUUGCAGUGGGACGAGACAUAGCAUCUGAGAUUCCCUGUCCUUCUGCAACACUUGGGAAAGAGCAAGAGAAAUCAUCACAGAGUCCGGGUCCUUCAGGAGCAAAGGGAAAAGGCAAAGGCAAGGCAUCUGUGAGUGUUGAUCCUCCUCCGCUUCGUCGUAGCCCUCGGCCAGUAAGAAAGGAAGUUAAAACUGAUGACGAUGACAUGUUUGAUUUUUUGAAGAAUUUGUCACAAUCAUCGACCUAUGUAGAUAAGGGGACACAAGAAUUUUUACAAGACGCCGUGGGAAACCUUUCUCAAGCAUCACAUGUUAAAGGCUUUGAUCCCUCACAAAAAAUCAAGGACGACGAACCAGCAGAAUGGGUUACUCCACUGUCUUCAUUUAAGCCUCCGAAUUGGAAACCACCUACUCUAAAAGAUGAGGAAUUACUUGAGGACCGGGUGCAUGACAUUGAUCACUCACUAGUGUUUGUCCCUGAGGAUGGAUGGGCCAAAAUAAUUGAGUGGUCCUCAACUUCCAAUGAACUGAAAAUUGGACCUUCUAUGUUAACAAGUGUGUUAGCAGCACGCGAAAUUGAUGCUAUGAUGUACUUAUUCACUGAGAGGACUACUUUGCGACGAUGGGAACCAACAAAAGUAGCAUUCAUGAGCUGCAUGUUCAGUAAUCAAAUGAAGACCUCUUUCGAUGAGUUUCGGAAGGACAAGAAGAAAUUCAAAGUAUCUGAAUUGCUUCACCGGUACGGCAUUGGUGAACUUCCACCACACGGACGAACAGGACUGACGUGGGAUCUUGACGUCACACGCAUGUAUGUGCCUCUAAAUGUCGGUAAACACUGGAUCUCUAUGUGUGUCAACUUUGUUUCUCGGUCGAUAGAGGUCUUUGACUGUGAGGGAUUGAAAUACAACAAGGAAGUAGAGCCAUUUGCCAUUCUCAUCCCUAGGAUUGUCAAAUCUGUUCACUCAUCAAAGAAUCGGCAGCAACUCAAGGUCAAGCAAUAUACUGUCAGUUACGCCCCAAUGCCCUACUUAUUAAACAAGAGUAGCAGUGAUUGUGGAGUGUAUGCCUUGAAGCACAUUGAAUGUCAUCUUCUAGGCUUGGAUUUCGCCCUGGUGAAUGACAACAACAUUCGAGAAGCGCGCCAAAAGAUUGUUUACGACCUAUGGGAAGCUGCCAAUGAUCAUGAGCUUAUUUUGAGAAUGGCACAAUACACUCCACCAAAGACGAUCACAAAUCCUCUAGUGGAACUUGAUUGA